GCUUCCCACACCGGAUGUUGCCGCUGUCAGUGGCGCCGGUUCGGGGUCGCUGAGGAGAUGGCGGCUCCGGGCAACGGCGGCGGGACUGGCGCAGGGCCGGGGUCAGGGCGGCCGCCGCCCGGGGACCUGCGGAGCGUGCUGAUCACCAGCGUGCUGAACCUGGAGCGGCUGGAGCUCGACCUCUUCAGGGGCCGGCACCACUGGGUGCCCGCAACACAGCGCCUCUUCGGCGGGCAGAUCGUGGGCCAGGCGCUGGUGGCGGCCGCCCGCGCUGUUAGCCGCGACGAGCAAGUCCACUCGCUGCACUGCUACUUCGUGCGGGCAGGGGACCCUAAGGUGCCGGUGCUGUACGAGGUGGAGCGGACCCGCACAGGGAAGAGCUUCUCUGUUCGUUCCGUAAAGGCCAUCCAGCAUGGAAAGCCGAUCUUCACCUGCCAGGCCUCCUUCCAGCUCUCCCAGGGGAGCCCAGUGCAGCACCAGUUCACCAUGCCUGCCGUGCCACCCCCUGAGGAGCUGCUGACGCAAGAGGAGCUCAUCAAGAAGUUCUUGCAGAAUCCUAACUUGGCGGAGAGAUACAGAAAGCAUCUCAACAAGAUUCAAGCUGAAGAUGUGCCGAUUGAUAUCAAACCUGUGAACCCGCCAGAUAUAUUCUGCUCAGAGCCGCAGGAGCCAAAGCAGCUCUUCUGGGUGCGAGCACGAGGCUACAUAGGAGAGACUGACAUGAAGGUGCACUGCUGCGUGGCCGCCUACAUCUCCGAUUAUGCCUUCCUGGGCACGGCCCUGCUCCCGCACCGGCAGUACCGCAUCAAGUUCAUGGUGUCCCUUGACCAUUCCAUGUGGUUCCACGCACCCUUCCGAGCGGACCACUGGAUGCUAUAUGAGUGUGAGAGCCCCUGGGCUGGUGGGUGCCGAGGACUGGUGCAGGGACGGUUGUGGCGCAGGGAUGGGGUCCUGGCUGUCACCUGUGCACAGGAAGGAGUCAUCAGGGUGGAGCAAACACCAACCCAGAGCAAGCUCUAGCUGAGGAACCCCCAUGGGCUGGAGCUGAAGCACACCGAGGAGGGACCCUGGGACCAAAACAGAUGCAGGCGAGGUGGGAUCCUGGGUGGCAGCAGGAAGGAGCCUCGAAGGAGACCGGGCUGGAUCCAGCACUGCAGGGAUGGGGUCCCGCAGAGGCAUCCGCUGUGACGGACUGCCAGCUGCACAGCAUGUAACUGCACACUGCAAUCAGGCACCCUUCACUGCCUUAAAUAAAGCCAUCACAUGAACAGCUGGGCUCUGUCCCCUGGA